AUGCCUUACUUGCGCUUCACUUUUUAUCAGCCCCCCUGCCUUUCUCCGCGCGACUUUACCACCACCUUCCGUCCAAAAUCCCGACUUUUUCACUUCAGCGUUCCCAUUGUUCAGGAACUUUACCUCUCCCCCGCCCAAAACUUCACGUAUAAAGCCACGCCCCCUUCCACCGCAGCCAUCACAACACUCCCAUCAAUGGAGGUCGCCACGCCAAUCCCAAGAUCACCGGACUUCCACUUCACGAACACCACUUUCUCCCUCAAGCACCAGUACCUCUACACCAGUGCCCCGGCAAGCCCAGCCCGAGCUUCCCCCAUCCGGUCUUAUCCAACUCCCAACUCUCCCCACCGCAACGAUGCCAGCGGGGAUGUGUUCCAGUUCCCCUUUUCUCCCAUCAGGUUUCACCCUCCAACUGUUCGCCGGAAUUCAUUCCACAAAAAAUCGUCGAGACAGGGGCGAAGGAAAACAAGAUCGCUUUCUCCUUUAAGAGACGAAGAGCACCUGACGAAGCCCACGAGCCCGUCGGCUAAUCCCGUGAAGUGCGGGUUAAGUGGAAAGUGGCCGAAGCUGAGGGAUUUGCUUCUGUUUCGGAGCGCGUCGGAAGGGCGAGUUACUGGAAGAGUAAGCAAAGAUCCUCUGAAAAAUUACACAGUUUUGCCCUCUGUUUCUGCGGUGAGUUGUGAUGGAGCAGGGGAUGAUAAGAAGGCAGGAAGCAGGGGAGGAGGAGGGGUGGUUAGAAGAGUACGUCAGCCGGCUGUAUCGGCACAUGAGAAACUUUAUAAGGCGAAACGAGCGGCGGCGGAAGAGCAGAAGAGGAAAACACCUCUGCCUUUUCAAAGGCAUGGAUUGCUUGGUUUGGUUGAUUUCAGGCCUGUAAUUGGGGGGAAGAGUAAGGUGGUCGGUACUUCCUCCGUGUCGACAGGGAGAUUCUGAAUCAAACACCAGACACCUUUUUAUUAUGUAUGCUUUAUCAUUUCAGAUGUUUAGUGAUGCACAACCUUGGUGUCCAGCGCUACAAAGUUUAUUUUUCUUAUUAAAUUUGAACCUUCUUCCUUCAUGGAAGUUUGGAGUUCUAACUAGCUCUUUAGACUUUGUCUGUCAUUAGAAUUUCGCAUGUUGUCUAUAAAAGAGAAGAAAGA